UUUUCCUGGUUGGGGAGAUGGGGCGAGGUGAAGGAUGUGCAGGGAGGGAUGAGUAUGAGGAUGUGGUUUCUUGACGUUGGAUGGGGCGGUAGCGAAAGCUGUGUUGUUUGGGAUUUUGGGAUUGUGAAAUGUAGGGUACCAUUAUCGGAAAUGCAGCAGUUGUGUGUCCGAGUCUUACUGGUAGCGCGUAAAGAUGCCUCUGGUUACGAAUGAGCUUAAGCUAGGAUGUGUGACGUUCAUUUAGGGUGAAUGUAUUGCCUUAGCGUCGUGUAAUAAUCGUUUGUUCGAUCAUUGUCGGGGCUGAUCAUUGGGUAUCUCUGGUCUUGUUUAUUUCAUGAAGUGACGUAAUCAAGAUGCUUGAUUACCAGUGAUGUACCAGCUCUGGUCCGGUGGGAUUUGUUCAUGGCCAGAUAUCUUGAAAGUUAUUGGUUUCUUCUAUGUUUUCGCCUCUUGGUGCUGUUCUUCAUCACAAUUGGUAGGUGUCACCACUAUCAGUCUGGCCUCGACGUUUCAGCCUAAUGCUUUGCCAAGCUUGAGCUGUCAAGGACGCACACCUCAAUAGUCGUGCUUGCCAUGAAUGGACGGGUUCAGGAUUCACAAGUAGUCUUCGUUUGACAAGUUUGGCAUGGCAUCAGCAAUUUUCUGAUUAGAAGACAGGUUGAAAUUACGGCAUCUUGAUGUCAGAUCGUAUACCUACCAGCGGAUCAAAUUGCUAGGAUGCAAAUUCUGUCUGAAGCCAACUGAAGUCAUUAACUAGUGAUCAUUGAGUGCUGUCCCUAUGGGGUUUGAUGGCCCUAUAAAGUUUAGGCCGCAACGCCAAGCAAAGCAAGAUGCUCAAAUUCGUCUCAGAAAGACGGAUGAAGAUAGUAGUGACGAUAAGAGUGAGAUCGAAUCUGAGGGUCUGAAUGGGUCUGAAGUGGGACAGGCUGGUAUGCCUGCGAACAGCGCCGACUUUAAGUUAGAUGGAACUGAAUCAGAAUCUGCCCCAAGCAUAAAGCGUAAGUCUAUGUCCCAGAAGGAUCCUGAAAAUCUCGCUCUACCUGAUUCUGCUAACCGUUGCCAUAGGAGUGAUGGAAAGAAAUGGCAAUGCUCGGGGAGCAAGAUUGAGGGGUCCAUAUAUUGUGAAAAGCACACUUUGUAUUACAGGGACAAGAAGGGCAAGUCUCCCAAGACACUUAAGGUAAAGGAACCUAAGCAAAUUCACAGGGUAAAGAAGGAAAAGGUAACUGAAAGUCCCAAUGAUUCUGCAAAAUCCCAAAGGAAAAGAAAUGCUCGGGCUGCAGAUAGCAAGGCUGAGGAGCCCGACAACAGUGAUUGUGAUCAUUCGAAGCCGAUAUAUGGAAGACAGGGAAGGGAUUUCACAGAAGUUCGCAUGUGCCACCAAUGCCAGAGCAGCAAGAAGGAGAAGGUUGCUUUUUGCAGGAAGUGUAAUCGCAGGCGCUUCUGCUCCGAUUGUAUUGAGAAUUGGUAUCCCUUGCUGACAUUUGACGAUGUAGUUGAAAAUUGCCCAUGGUGUCGUGGGAACUGCAAUUGCAAGGCCUGUCUUCGUUCCAGUGGGCCUACCCUGGAGAAAGCACCUCUUUCUGACGAGGAAACCAAGAAGAUUUUGCUGUAUUGCCUGGUCAAAAUUCUACCUUGCUUGCAGAAACUGCACCAGGAGCAGCGUGAGGAGCUGAAGGUCGAGCGCAGUAGACAAGGAACGCCUGCUGUAAAUGUGGAGCGGGCAGCAAUUUCAAUGGACGAGCGUUUGUAUUGCAAUAAUUGUAGCACUUCAAUCGUCGACUACCACAGGAAUUGUAAAGAAUGCGGUUACGACCUCUGUCUUCGAUGCUGUCACGAGCUUCGUCACGGACUCCAGCCUGGGGGUAAGCAGGCUGAAUCAGCACACAUAAAGCUUCCUGAGUACGAUGACAAUGAGAAAGUCAAAGAAAAGGAGAACGAGAAGAAGGAAAAGGAGAAGGAGAAGAAGGGAAACGAGAAGGAGAAGAAUAAACUUUCUAAAAGAAGAGGGAGGAAGAGGAAAAAUCCUCCUGAAGAAGUGGACGAAAGAGGCGUGAUACUUUUAAAGGAUAGCGAUGACGACCUCCAAACACUCGACUCAGCCGGCAUGAAUUUGGAAUCCGCUCUACCGGCUGCAGUGGAACUGGAGCCAGAAGCAGAGACUUUACCUGCUUGGGUUGCGAACGAUGAUGGUUCCAUCCCAUGCCCUCCAUCCGCUCGAGGUGGUUGUGGUAAGACUACUCUAUCCCUUCGCACACUCUUCGACCAAGACUGGACUGCCAAGCUUACCUCAGAGGUUGAGAAUGCUGCUGCGACUUGUGAUAUUCCAAAGCAGGAUGAUUCAGUGCGCUGUGACGUCUGUUACAAGUCCGAAGCAAAUGAAAAACAGGACUUGCGCUUGUGUGCGAAUCGGAUUCAUUCAAAUGAUAACUACCUAUUUUGUCCAACAAGGCAAAGUGUGGAAGACGUAGGGCUUACCCACUUCCAGAAGCAUUGGAUGCGUGGUGAGCCUGUUAUUGUCCGGGACGUGCUUGAAUGUACUACGGGCCUCAGCUGGGAGCCUCUGGUUAUGUGGCGUGCAGUUCGAGAAACUACCAAGGGCAAGUUUAAAGAUGACACCAAAACUGUCAAAGCACUUGACUGUCUUGAUUGGCGUGAGGUUGAAAUCAACAUUCAUCAGUUCUUCAAGGGCUACGAGGAAGGGAGACUUCAAAGAAAACCCGAUGGAUGGCCUGAAAUGCUGAAGUUGAAGGAUUGGCCACCUUCUAACCACUUUGAGGAACGCCUUCCGAGACACGGAGCUGAAUUUCUUCAUGCACUGCCUUUCCACGAAUAUACUGACCCGUCAAAGGGCAUGCUCAAUCUAGCUGCCCAACUACCCAAAGAGGCUAUUAAGCCUGACUUGGGCCCAAAAACGUAUAUUGCCUACGGAUUGAGACACGAGCUGGGAAUGGGUGAUUCAGUUACGAAGUUGCAUUGCGACAUGUCUGAUGCAGUCAAUGUGUUGACACACUCUGCAGAAAUUAAGUUUCCAAAAGACAAGGUACCAAUGAUUGAGAAGCUUCUUAAAAAAUUUAAACUAGGCGGGAUCGAGUAUGGUCAGCAUGGCAAGAAAACAAAGAAAGGCGGAAGAAAAAGUGUGGAAAAGAAAGACACCUCUUGCAACAAACAUGAAGAGAUAAUUAGUGUAGAGGGUACACCAAAGAUUGUGGAAAAUGAACCAAAAACUGCUGAAGAAAUUUCAGCUGAAACAAUGAAUCCGUCUAUUGGCAGACCACUAAAUGGUGGUAAGCAAAUUAUGCAUGAUAAUGGUAUUUGCAAGAACAACGUUGAUAGCAAAUCUCAAAAUCAAUUAGGUGUUCUAAUCGAGGCUGGCGUCGAUAGGCAUGAGACUGAAAGUCAGGGACUUUCGGCUGAUGAUGCAACGUAUGGUGGGGCUCUUUGGGACAUAUUUCGACGGGAGGAUGUGCCCAAACUUGAUGAAUACCUGCGAAGGCAUUGGCGUGAGUUUUUGCAUGUCGAUUGUAUGCCUGUUGAUAACGUAAUUCACCCAAUUCAUGAUCAAACAUUCUAUUUGGAUGUGGAACAGAAGAGGCGAUUGAAAGAAGAAUACGGAAUUGAACCCUGGACUUUCGAGCAGGCUUAUGGCGAAGCUGUAUUUAUUCCUGUUGGAUGUCCUCACCAAGUUCGUAAUCUGAAGUCAUGUAUCAAGGUAGCACUCGAUUUCGUUUCUCCUGAGAAUGUGAGCCAGUGUGUCGACUUGACGGAGCAGUUUCGCCUUCUUCCUACUGAUCAUCGGGCAAAGGAAGAUAAACUUGAGGUUAAGAAAAUGAUGUUGUAUACAGCCAGAUAUGCGAUGGAUCAACUCAAAGAAUUAGACAGGCCCAAGGAUGAGGCCCCUGGAAAGACUUUGAAACAUUAUAUAAGCAGGAAAAAGAAUCGACGUUUUUUUCUUAAAUAUUCAAGAAGAGCAAAGUCACAGUGGCCCAGAGGGAAGAGAUUCCAAGGUCAUGAAGACGGUCGCUCCAUAGGCACUUCAUGAAUUUGUCACAUCUAACAAGAUUCUAUCCAACAAAUAUUUUUAAUGAAAUUUCAGCCGGGUUCACUUCAACGAUCCUAAGUUUUAGUAUUAUUUCUGAAGACCUCUUGGUUGUGAGAAGAGUGAAGCUGAACUAACAACUGUGCAGUUGAUUAUCUUUCUAUAUGUGAAACAAGCCAAUCUCGAUGUACUUGGUGAGAACUUUAAUAGUGCGUUUUGAGAUACUGAAGACCUUAAUCUCGGACACAUGGUUGUUUUAGGGAAGAGGCGAAGACACAGGAUGAGUUAGUUAGACCUAAGUCAGAUGACUCUGACUAUGAACCCGGAAGGCAUGGAAGGAAAAGACACCUGAAGAAUCGGAAGCAUUGAUAAUCAAGACGGUGAAUUGUCUUC